UUGUCAUUUACAUCAGAGUCAGAUUUGAGUGUACUUCACUAUUGUAUGAGAUGAGUUCUCCAUCAUCAUCAUCAUUCAUCCUCCCAGAUAGCCCACCAGUGCAUCAGCGUAUCCUCAACUACUGGCAACAGAAAGCUGCCCUCGCUGCCGAGUCGUCUGCUGCUGCACCCGCUCCUUCUCUGCUCACCGUGGAACCACCAUCGCCGGGCGAGAUCGUGCUGGGAGACAGUCCGCUUCAACACCUGGCUCCACCUGCUACCUGGGCACCGCGGCGAGCGGUGCUAACUACUCUAUCCAACAAGAUCAAGCAGAAGCAGGGGAAGAGGAGGUUGGCGUUUGAGGAGCCUGAGGUUAGCAGGGAAGAGGACGAGGAGACAAUCUACUCACAAACAAAGAAACGAGCUGGAAUGGAGCACACCUCGUCACUUGCCCCGCUGAUGAAGGAGGUGCAGGGGACGGAGGAGGAUGAGUUGGACUUUGUCCAACUCAUCAAUCAGCCUGUAGCCAAACCCUGGGUGCCGCUGAGAGAGUUAAAGGAGGAUGCUCCCUACCCCAUUAUCAGCAUGAGGGAGCAUACGAAUAAACAUGGGCGAUGA